AUGUUCUAUCUUCAACUAUUUCUAUUGCCAAUUAUUGGUUUUAUUGGUAUUAUGUUCAAUUGGCUUCUUGUUUUAGCUAUACAACGUAAAACAUAUUAUUAUCAACAUUCACAACGAAAUCCAAUUCCAAUGACAAAUAAAUCAUUACUACAAGUACAUUCAUCAUUUUCUGGACAUAUUAUUCAAACACCAUUAUUAUUACCAUCUGUACGUUCAUCAAUAUCAACAUUUGAUAAAUUUAUAUUAGCAUUUUUAAUCAAUGAUAUAUUUGUAUGUAAUUUUUUAUUACCAUUACGUCUUGUUGAAAUUUCAAGAGGUUUACCAUGUGGAUUUCUUUGUUUUAUAUUUAAAUUUUUUGAAAAAAUAACAACAAUAAUUGAAUUAAUUAUAAUUAAUUUACUUUUAAUAACAUCAUUAAUUUUCUUUUGGAAACAACGUUUAUUAACAACAAAAUUAUGGUUUAUAUUAUUUACAUUUAUGUUACCAAUAUUAGUUGGUGGUUUUCUAACAACAUUAACUUAUAUUGAUGUUGAAGAAUAUGAAUUAAAUAAUCGAUCACCACCAUGUAAACAAUCAUUUAUUUAUAUUGAUUCAAUCACAGAAAAAACAUUAAAUAUUUUUUGUUGUAUUAUUACAUAUUUUAUGAUUUUUAUGAAUUUUAUUUUACUUAUUAAAAUGAAAUCAGCUAUUAAAGCAUAUAAACAAAAAGCACUAAGAAGUCUUACUGAAGCUGCAAUCAGUGGAAAAAAUGAAUCACCAAUGUCGGAAUCGACUAUUAAUGAUAAUCAUAAUCGUCGUCGUUCAAUGUAUUAUUUUCCAUCUAUAUCAAUCGAACCAUCAGCUCCUAGUAGUACUCCACCACCUAAACGUUCAGUUCAAUCUCUUGAUUAUCUAACUUAUUUAACUGUUAAUGAAAAUAGUCAUACACUUAUACGAUCAACAGGUCUUAUUUUAUUUAUUUAUUUAUUACUUUAUAUACCUUAUUGGUUUUAUGAAUUAUCAAAUAAUCAAAUACUUUAUCAAUUAAAAGAUAUAUUUUUUUUAUGUCACAUAUUUAAACCAUUUUGUUAUAUGUUAACAAAUGAAAAAUAUCGACAUCAUUAA